AUGACAGCAACCGAAAAUUUCAGCUACAAGAUCGGCCGUGGUGGUUUUGGAUCUGUGUUUUGGGGUAAAUUGCCGGAUGGAAAACAAAUAGCAGUAAAAGUUCUCUCUCUUUAUUCCAAGCAAGGAGCUGUAGAGUUUCUAAACGAGAUUGAUCUUCUGUCGAGAGUAAAUCAUAGGAACUUGUUGCAUUUACUCGGUUACUGCAAUAAAUGCAAAGAGUUGAUGCUUGUAUAUGAAUACAUGGUUGGAGGAUCUCUAAUGGACCACCUUUAUGGGAAGUAUUCCAAUCUAGAUUGGAAAUCCAGGCUUCAAAUAGCUUUAGAUGCAGCCCAAGGACUGGAGUACCUGCACGUUGAUUGCACACCAAAAAUAAUUCACAGAGAUAUAAAGACUGCCAACAUUCUUCUAGACGACAAUUUAAAUGGAAAACUGGCAGAUUUCGGUCUUUCAAGACUAACAAUCGAUGGAGAGGCUUCCCAUGUGGCCACUACAGUGAAAGGAACAGUUGGAUACCUAGAUCCCGAGUAUUUUCAUACGCAAAUGUUGACAGAGAAGAGUGAUGUGUAUAGUUUUGGGGUGCUUUUGUUAGAGAUGAUAUGCGGCAGGCCAGCUAUAGAUACAAGUCUUUCUGACCAGGAAAUGAGUCUCAUUAGAUGGGUCAAACCGUUAUUUGAGAUAGAAGAUCAUUUAAACAUUGCAGAAAUAGUGGACAAAGGACUGGGUGAUGAUUACAGCAUAAAAUCUGUUGUGCAUGUGGGUAAGCUAGCCAUUAGAUGUGUUGAAUCUAAGCCAUCGUCUAGGCCCAGUGUAAGCAGAGUUGUGAUAGAAUUGAAAGAGGCUGUGGAAUAUAAUGCAGUUAGUGUGGACCUUUCUGAAGAAAUUGAUAUUGAUUAUGGAGAUCACACUAGCCUGUCCUCUCCAUUAGAUUGCACUGGAAGUAGACCAUCAUUUUAA